UAAAUGAUCUAGUUGUUCAAUUUUUUGGACAAAUUUUUAAUCCUUCAUUUUAUCCAAAAAGCGUUAUUAUGGAGUUCCAAAGUGGAGAGAAGGCUGAUCAUGCCAAAUUUCUUAAAGCUCACAACCACAUGUGGAAUCAUAUUUUUAGUUCCAUAAACUCUAUGUCUCUUAAAUGUGCAGUUGAGCUAGGCAUACCUGAUGCAAUACACAAUUAUGGCAAACCCAUGCCACUCUCACAACUCAUUGCUUCAUUGCCAAUUCAUCCAUCAAAAGCCUCCUUCAUCCAUCGCUUGAUGAGAAUCUUGAUCCAUUCCGGCAUCUUUGUUACCGAAAAUGUUGUUAUCAAUAAAAAUAACGAGGUUGAAAUUGGGUAUAUUCUAGCUGAUUCAUCUAUGUUCCUACUUAAGAACAACCCCUUCAGUGUGACGCCUUUGAUGCUGAUCAACGUUGGUCCCACCGUGACAAAGGCAUGGCAUCAUUUGUCUGAUUGGUUCAAGAACGACGAUCUCACAGCAUUUGAGACCGCACAUGGAAUGACGUUUUGGGAGUAUACUGACAGCGUGCCUAAAUAUGGCCAAUCCUUUAUUGACGCCAUGGCAAGUGAUUCACGAUUUGUUAGUAGUCUGUUACUUGAUGAUAAGUGCAAGAGAGUGUUUGAGGGAUUGGAAUCGCUGGUUGAUGUUGGUGGAGGCACUGGAACUCUUGCAAAGGCCAUCGCCGAAUCAUUUCCAAACUUGAAGUGCAGUGUGUUUGAUCUCCCAUGUGUUGUUGCUGGCUUGCAAGGAACAACACUUAAUUGGAUUUUGCAUAACUGGAACGAUGAGGAAUGCGUGAAAAUAUUGAAGAAAUGCAAGGAGGCAAUCAUGCAAAAAAGCAAAGGAGGGAAGGUGAUUAUCAUAGAUAUGGUUGUGGAGGAUGAUGACAAGAAAGGUUGUUAUGAUCAAUCACUUGAAACGCAGCUCUUCUUCGACAUGCUUAUGAUGAUGUUGUUCUCUGGAAAAGAGAGAAAUAAAAGAGAAUGGAGCAACUUAAUUGUUUCUGCUGGUUUUACUGAUUAUACGGUAACCCCAAUUUUUGGAUUGAGGUCAAUCAUUGAGAUCUAUCCAUAGAACAUAAGCUUAUUGUUAUAAUAAUGCUAGGCUAGUAUUACUGGCUAGUUAUAUAUUGGGGAUGAAAAUAAUGGGUCAUAGGUUAAUUACUAUUCUCCCAUCAUAAAAGCAUAUAUCUCUAUUUUGGCAUGUUAACAGUUGGUUGCAAAGGAAAUAAUUCUAUGUGUCUAUGUCCGUGUGUCAGUUCAAUAUAUGUUUAACAGUAUAAAUGUAUUAAUUGAUAAUAAAGGGUGUACUUGCGCUUGGUAA